GCAAUGUACGAUACGAAUAAGGAUGACCGUUCAAUCUUAUUCUGAUAAAGACAUGAAUAGGAUUCGGAUCAUUUCCAACAGAUUUACCCUCAUCGCAUCCGAAUCCAUAUGAGAUACAGCAGCUAGAGAGAAAGAGAGAGCUGAAAAUGGAGGAACAAAUGAGCGAGUUGAGAAGAGUUUGUGUUACUGGAGCAGGAGGUUUUAUUGGUUCCUGGCUUGUGAAGCUUCUCCUCUCAGAGGGCUACAAGGUUCAUGGCACCGUCAGAGAUCCAAGUAAUGAAAAGAACGCCCAUUUGAAGAAGUUGGAUCGGGCUACAAAGAAUCUGCAACUCUUUAAGGCUGACUUGCUUGAUUACAAUGCUAUUGUGGAAGCCAUUUCUGGUUGUGAAGGAGUAUUUCAUGUUGCUAGUCCUGUUAUUUUAAGUGGAGCUUCAAAUCCAGAGGAAGAAAUAAUAAGCCCAGCUCUAUUGGGGACUAAAAACGUACUCAAAGCAUGCUCAGAGACAAGUGUGAAACGAGUUGUGGUUGUUUCUUCUGCUGCUGCGAUAAUGUUUAAUCCAGAUUGGGCACAAGGAACUAUAAUGGACGAAAGCUGUUGGUCAAAUGAGGAGUUUUGUAGGUCGACUGAGGUAAUUUUAUAUCACAUCAGAAGGCGAGUUCCCAUCUUACAGGAGUUCUUCGAUUCAAAAGAUGAGGGUGGAGACUAUGUUUCGGAUGUUUUCCACGAGUCGGAUGGCGAUAAUAUGGCACUGCAGUAUCCGUGA